AUGGUAAACAAUUCAGUACUAUUUAAAUCCUUCGUAGUUGGAUCUCCUCUUGGGAUAUUACUAUUUAAUGAAAUUAGAAGGAUUAAAAAUUUAAGAGACGAGGAGAAGUUAAGUAAAAGUUUGUUUAUAAAAAAUUUUCAAAAAGGUAACAUUACAAAGGAAGAAGAAAAUGGAAAUUCUUACAAAACUAAUAAACACAUUUUUGAAGGAUUAAAUUCCACACACAAUGAUGAAGAAGUGUUGAAUUACUUUUAUGGGAAAGCAUGGGGAUAUACGACUGAUUAUGAAAUUGACCAGAGUUUAAAUACAGGGGACUUGGUUUUUAUAAAACACGAUUUAGAGAGUGUAAAUUUUUUUAGAAAAGUUCUACUUAAAUUGAAUAGGUAUAUACAAUAUGGCAGUGGCAAUGGAAAUGGUAAUGGAAAUAGUAGCAAAGUGGAAGACUAUGAUGAAGUAGGGAUUAUUUUAAAAAAGCAUAACAUCAGUUAUAUAUAUAUGCAAAAUAUUCUUAAUGGGAAAGAGAAAUUAAUUCGAUAUUCUCAUUUUUUACAAAAAUAUAAACCUUCUGUUUUAUCUCUUAGAAGAUUUAUAACGGAUGAUGAACAUAUAAAAAAGGAGCUACAUAAAAAUAUAGUACAAAGCAUACAAAAGGAUCAAAUAAAUAAAUAUCAUCACUCUAUUUUCUUUAAUUUAUUAUACAAUUUUUAUAAACAAAAAAUACGUCAUAUACAUAGAAACGUGGCAUCUUCCCCCUCCUUACAACAAAAAAAGGAUUGUCUUUGUAGUGACAAUAAUACAAUGUGCAAACAAAUAAGUUCCUAUAUAGACAUGAAUAACUUAAUGAAUAUAUUAAAAUUUAGAUCUUUUAAUUUAUUCUUUUAUUUUGUUGCAUACUUAAAUGAACAUGCUUUUAAAAAUAACAGUUCUGCACGUGAACAUGAACAUGUAAUUUUACAAGGUAUCUCCGCGGAUAUUCAAAAGGAGGGGUUAAAAUAUGACAUUCCAAAAAUUCAGAAUAAAAAUGGGUUACAGUUUUAUGAGUUCCCACUAAAUAAUUCUCUAACAAGGUUUGAAUUUAUUAAGAGUGAUUGUGAAGAGUUGAAGUUGGACGAUAGAAGAGUCUACAGUGAUGAUAGCACCUUUGGUAGCAAACGUGGAAGUAUCAAAAGAAACAUCAUUGAAAGCACCCGUGGCGAUAAUUUUGAAUCUUCUCAUCCCCCACACGAAACCAUAAAAGAAAUCGAAAAAUUCCUCACGGUACUUUUAGAAAAUGAAUAUACGCUAAUUGAUUUUACGGAAUAUUUAAACAAAGUAUUACAAAAAGGACACAAACUAAGCAAAAGUCAGGAGGAAGAAAGUAAUCAAAAAGUGGAUAAUUAUGACGAUGCUGGUAAUAACAGAACUCAUUCGAAUUAUUUCGUAAAUAAAAUAAAUUUCUAUAGUGAAAAAAUUUACACAAUGUUUAAAAAGUUCAUCAUGCCAAAUUCUCUUUCUCAUUCGCAUUCUCAUGUUUACGAAAUAUACAGAAAUACGAGUUUGUUGCCGUCCAUAAAAAAUUAUCAUCCAUCUCCUUGUUUCUUUUUAUGCUUAAAUAAUUUUUAUAAGCCCAUAAACGAACAAAAUAUGCAACAGGAUAAGUUCAUCGUACCUAAAUUGAGCAAUUUGUUUCAUGUAAGACAGGAAGAACCCGAGAAAUUGCAGAGAUAUUUUUAUCAGUUUAAUAGGGUCCCAAAGUCGUAG